AUGAAGCAACGAACCAGACCCACCUUACCUAACCACUUCCACAAAUUCCUCAAACCAGGCGCACUCGCUCGAAUCCGCGACUCCAAAAUCACGGCCAGAUCUCACCGUCUCAACUCCCUCUCUCAGAUCUCAACCUACCGUCCUCCGUCCUCACCGCCGCCGAUUUCCAUCGAUCAGUCUCAACCUAAUUCCUCCGAUGGUUUUCCGUUCUUUGCCACCGGGAUCUACGGUCCUCGGUGUCCUCAACGGAAGAAACUCGUCGCUGCUAAGUCCGUUUUCUUUGUUCCUGGUAGUCCGGCUGCUGACUCCGUGGAUCUUGUUGCGGAGUCGUUUGGCAGUGGCGAUAUUAUCGCUGCUAAUUGA